GACGCACUCAGAAGAAUCGUCGCUUUAACUUAAAUUAUACGUUUUUCUUCAGUGGUCCCAGGCGCUGUAUCAGGAAAUCAGGAAGCACCUCUAUUGAGAAAUAGGAGUUUUUCUAUAAUGUUUCGUUGUUUUGUUAUUUCCUGUUGAGGAAACGCUUGUCUCUCGAGUGAUGGUAAAGGCUGCCCGCUCAGCCUGAACAAGACCCGCCAAACCAUGAACUUCGUGGGCCAGUUGGCUGGCCAGGUGUUUGUCCAGGUCAAAGAGCUGUACCGAGGCCUCAAUCCCGCCACCCUCUCUGGCUGCAUUGAUGUCAUUGUGGUGAGACAGCCCGAUGGCUCCCUGCAGUGCUCACCUUUCCAUGUGCGCUUCGGCAAGCUGGGGGUCCUACGGUCCCGAGAGAAAGUGGUGGACAUGGAAAUCAACGGAGAACCAGUAGAUCUCCAUAUGAAGCUUGGGGAAAAUGGAGAGGCAUUUUUUGUGCAAGAAACAAAAAAUGAUCAGGAAGUGGUUCCCUCCUACCUGGCCACCUCUCCUAUCAUGUCAGAUUGCCCCGUUUUGAUGGGGAAGACCUCUGGGACACCCAUACAGAAUUUGUGCUCCGUGGCAAGUAAUGUUGAGAGCAGUAACAUGAUGAUGAAGAAAAGGAGGAAGAGGAGGAGGAAGGCUCGGGCAGACAGCAUGAGGAGAGAGGAAAGUGGAGACUACUCUGCAGAUGAAGACAUGUUCACCAUAGACAUCAGCUCAGAUGAAGGAGCGGAAAUGGAGAGCAACAGGUCUACAUCUCGGGAUGUCUCCAGAGAGGAGAACACAGUUGGCUCGACCAGCACUUCUUUCAAACAGGCCGGCAUCUACGCUCGUUCAGAUGGGGAGUGGAGUCCCAUUCAGAGCCCUGGAAACUCUCGCCCCACCUCUCCCAAGAGUGACUCUGAACUAAUUGCCAGACCAUCAAAUGCAGGCAGUCAGAAUCCAGAAAUGCACUGGGCAUGGGGAGAGCUGCCUCAGGCUGCCACGCCAUCUGUCCUUCCACUGAAGUCCAACCCUCCGCCAGUUUGCCCCAUAUCCAUCCCGGUGUCUGAAAGCACACACUUCCGUGUGAUUACACCUGAGGUGUCUUCAGAACAGUGUGGGCCCUGCUCUGAAAUGCCAGCACUGCGCCUGCUGAUGCCGACAGAGAUGAUUCACACAGAGGAAACAGUCGUCACGGUUGGGGCGGAGUCAGAAUCCUUUAGGAUGGAGUCUCAGACAGUAACUUCAGAGAUGCAGGUUACAGCAGCGGGAGGCGCGGCAGCUCAUACGGUGGGCGACGUGGAGGAGACGUCGCCUCGUCCACAUGGCAAAACAGACUCUCCAUCCAAGAAAAAAGACAAAAGGAGUCGCCACCUUGGUUCUGAUGGAAUCUAUCUGGAUGACAUCACAGAGCUUGAACCUGAAGUGGCAGCCCUUUAUUUUCCUAAGAGUGACAGCGGUGCAACAGUGAGGAGCAUCUCAGACCCAGGUCUCCACAGCACCAGCCAGUCUCCUCAGUCAGUAAGCUCUGGGGGAGACAGUGGGGUGGACAGUUACUGCGAUCCCAUGUCUGACCUGCCAUCUAUUGCUAUUUCCCUGUGUGGAGGGCUCACUGACAACAGGGAGAUCACUAAAGAGCAGUUUUAUGAGAAGACUGUCUCCUAUCAGCAGUUCACAGAGAACCCCUCCAUCAUCGAUGACCCCAACUUAGUGGUGAAAAUUGGCUCAAAGUACUAUAAUUGGAGCACUGCGGCUCCGCUUGUGCUGGCUAUGCAAGCCUUUCAGAAGCCUCUGCCAAAGGCUGCGGUGGAGAACAUUAUGAAGGAGAAGAUGCCCAAGAAAGGAGGAAGGUGGUGGUUCUCCUGGAGAAGCAGAAACAGCAGUGCCAAAUCGGAUUCAGUCUCUGAGCGUGGGGCUUGUUGCACUGCUGAGCAGGCUGGGAAUAUGACAAGCAGACUUAAAGAAGAGUCAUCCUCUAGUGAUGAAGACCACAGGGAAGCCAAGCAGAACUCUUCCCCCAUACAGCCAGAGCCGGGUCUCACAACAGGAGGCGUGUCUUAUAAGAAAACACUCCGACUCACAUCAGAGCAGCUGCUGUCUCUUCAGUUACAAGACGGCCCUAAUGAUGUAGUGUUCAGCGUCACCACUCAGUACCAGGGAACCUGUCGCUGUCAAGGCACCAUUUACCUCUGGAACUGGGAUGACAAGAUAAUUAUCUCCGACAUAGACGGAACCAUUACCAGGUCGGACACAUUAGGUCAUAUUCUGCCCACACUCGGGAAAGACUGGACACACCAGGGAAUUGCUCACCUCUACCACAAAGUCAGCCAAAAUGGCUACAAGUUUCUGUACUGCUCAGCCCGAGCGAUCGGCAUGGCCGACAUGACCAGAGGUUACCUCAACUGGGUCAAUGAGAGAGGCACGAUGCUCCCUAUGGGCCCCGUCCUUUUGAGCCCGAGCAGCCUCUUUUCAGCCCUGCACAGGGAGGUGAUAGAGAAGAAGCCGGAGAAGUUUAAGGUGGAGUGUCUCACUGAUAUCAAGAACCUCUUCUACCCCAACAAACAGCCUUUCUACGCAGCAUUUGGCAACAGACCGACGGAUGUAUUCUCAUAUAAAGAGGUUGGAGUGUCACUGAACAGGAUUUUUACAGUAAACCCCAAAGGCGAGUUGGUGCAGGAACACGCCAAGACCAACAUCUCCUCCUACGUACGUCUGGGCGAGGUGGUUGACCACGUUUUUCCACUGAUGACACGGGCCUCCUCCUCUGACUUCCCCUGCUCGGACACCUACAGCCACUUCACCUACUGGAGGGAGCAGUUCCCCCUGGUGGACCAUCAGGGAACUACACCCCAACAAACUGCCAGCUCCAGCAGCUGACUACCUCCGGCUUCCUGAGCAAGGACUGAAUGAUGGUGUGCUUGAGAUGUAGCAGAGGGUUGGAGAAUGAUGUGUGUGAGUGUAUAUGAUUGUCGAGGGUUUUUUUUUUUUCGUUUAACACGAGAUGGAGCACUUUAUUAGUGGACAGCAGAGAGUAAAACUAGUAAAAAAGUAAAGCAAUCUGCUGUGAAUAGUCUUAAUGCACAAGAUGCAUAUAAGCGCACUUUUAUUAAAAGAUGGCCUUUGGGUUCAUCUGACUAUAUGUAUGUAUGCGUAUGAGAAAUAAUAGUAAUUUAUUCAGGCAGCUUAGUACUGAUACUAUAUUAAAGGGAGUGUUGACAGUAUCUCAGUAGCUAGACUUCAGCACACAGUAAUGGCCUACCUGUGGCCUCUGUUCAUCAUAACCAUGCAGUGCACACAUCAGAGAACAGGUUACUUAAACUUGUGCCAAACACUCAAUUUGGAAUUAAUUUUCUUACUGUGACCAUCUAGUCUGGAGGACCAAAAAUGGCAUAAGCAUUUCCACACAAAUACAUUACUCACAUUUAAAAAAUGGCGUAGUUAAGCCAGUGUCUUCAGUUGAUUUCUACAUUUUCAUCUGUCGACUUUUUCAAUUCAGUUUUAUUCAUAUAAUUCACAACAACAGUUGCCUCAAGGCGCUUUAUAUAGUCAGGCAAAGACCCUGCAGUAAUAGAGAGAAAACCCCAACAAUCAGAUGGCCCCCUAUGAGCAAGCACUCCCUUUUUACAGGAAGAAACCUCCAGCAGAACCAGGCUCAGGGAGGGGCAGCCAUCUUUCUUUUUGGUAUUUUUGGUGUUAUUUCUAUGUUCCUGCAUUUUUUUUUAUUCAGCUCAUGCCAGUUUUGGCCCUCCUGUAUUUUACGGUCUUCAGUCAGCAUGGAAGUGCAGCUCUCCACAGGCAACGUUACAAUGUAGCAACAUGUAUGCGUGUGAAGUAUGACUCUAUUUGAAUUCAAAUCAAUCAAGUCAGUGUUAUAACCGAAAAGCACAACACUUUAAGUCAUCAACUUCCUCUAAAAUUUAAGUGUCGUUAUCUGUUGCUGAAAUAUUUUUAUUUUUCUAUUCAGAGUAUGCAUCUGUUGUGGUGAGAAUGUGAUUUCUGUUUGGAUUUGUGAGACGCCUUUACAGUUCAUCUAGUCUACAUGAUUGUUUAGAUGUCGACGUUAUACUGUUUAAGUAUAACAGUGUGUGUAAGAUAGCUUAUAUUUCUAUUACUGCUACCAGAAAUCCUCAUCAGAAUAUACGCAGCUAAGAGAGGUCACAGUAUAAAAAGGAAAGUUUGAUCUUUUUCUCCAUCACUUAGUUUAUUGUGAAUAAAAUUAGCUGAAUAUUAUCAUAGGCCUACAGUAUAGUUUUUAAGCGAUGAUGUGUGUGUGUGUGUACAUAAUGCUUUAAGAGUGCUAUUAUUCUUUCAGUGAAAGAGCUAAAAUAGCUUGAAAGUGUUUUUAUUUUUGCCUUAACUGUGAACAUGAGCCACACCUUUGCUUUCCUUCAAACAGUUAAAUUGGUGCAAUCGUGCUCAUUAAUGACACUUGGGUAAAUACUUUGUGUGUGACCAUCCACUAUCAGUAGGAACAAGAACAACUCCUCUGCCUGCCGAACUAAUGUCCACCUUAACAGCAGAUGAUGAGUUGUUAUUUAACAGCAACAAAAAAGUUCAUUUUGACACCCAAAAUAAAGGUUUACAAAUA